UUCACGACACACAUCAGUGUUGCUGCACAACUGGAAUGAACGUAAUGUCUUUGAAUUCUCUUUCGUUCGCUUAGAAAUGCAAGUUGAAACCAAAAUCCCCGGCUGUUAUACCCGGUCCGGACUGUCAUUGGUCCGAAUGGUUUGGCCCGUUUUUAAACUCCAGCGCGGAUGUUGUUUUAUCGUCCGCCUCAAACAUCCCAAGUUAAAUCCCAUGUUGACGUUACACCUCAACCUCUGACUUCCCCUUAAAUGCUUAAGUGUAAUUUCCAUGGUUUGAUUGUUGAUUAGAUCCAUUCCUCUGAAAGCCAGUGUUUGAGCCUGUUGCAGCCGCGAUGCCGAAUCACAGAGAGGAACAGGCAGACGAGCCCACGGACGUCCCCCGCCUGGAGGAGCUCGAGUCCCCGCCAGGCAGCCCACCCCAGAACGGCUCCAUGUCCCAUCUGAUGGAAUUACAGAAUUGCGUUUCAAACCUCAGCCUCGCACACGAAAUCGUUGUCAACCAAGACUUCCGUUUCAAAUCCUCCAGCCCGCCCAAGGACAGUCUGGAGGGCCGGGUGGCGGAGAUGGUGCACCGGGCCUUCUGGGACGUCCUGCGGGAGCAGCUGGAGAGCAGCCCGCCCGACCACCGCCAGGCCGUCCCGCUGCUCCGGGAGGUGAAGACGAUGCUGCUGUCCCUGCUGCUGCCCGCCCACGUGGGGCUGCGGGCCCAGCUGGACCGGGUCCUGGACCUGGAGCUGAUCCAGCAGCAGGUGGACCACGGGGCCCUGGACCUCCAGCGGCUGGCCUCCUUUAUCGCCUCCACCAUGGCCGGCCUGUGCGCCCCCGUCCGGGACCCCGAGAUCCGGGCGCUGAGGCUCCUCACCGACCCCGUGGACCUCUUCAGGGAGGUGCUGCGGGUGCUGGAGCUGAUGAAGAAGGACAUGGUGAACUUCACGCUGCUCAGCCUGCGGCCGCAUCUCGCCCAGCAGGCCGUCCCCUACGAGAGAGCCAAGUUCCAGGAGCUCCUACGCAGAGAGCCCGGUUCUCUGGACCACACCACCUCCUGGCUGCAGAGGGCCGCCCAGGAGCAGCGGGCCGCGCUGCCCCCCGGCCCCCCUGGCUCUGACCCGGGGGGUAGGGGGGCCCUCAGCCCCUCAGCCGUCCUGAACCGGGCCUACAUGGGUCUGCUUCACUGGGACCCCCAGGACCAGCGCUACCCUGAGACUGUGCUCAUGGACAGAGACCGCUUGGACACGCUGGGUCACAGAGUAGACCUGCUGGCGCUGCAGGCUGCAGUACUGCUGCUGACCAGCGCCCAGUGCGGGGGCGCUGUUCUCUCCCUGCCCGGGUUUGUAGGUAAACUCAAGCAGACCACCGCUGCCCUGCUGGAGGGCAGCCAGGCCAGGGAGGCCGACCUGAAGGGGGCGCUGCAGGCUGUCGGGGAGCAGGUGCUGGUCCUGGUGGCCCCGGCCCUGGAGGCCCUGGACGGGCCCCCGCUGUCCCGGCAGGGCCAGGACGCGCUGAGGGGCCAGAUAGCAGACCUCUGGAGACCAUCCAACCCCAUCCGGACCCUCAUAGGGGAGCGAGUUCAGGGUUUCCUGCGGGCGACGCUGGAGGCCGGCCCCCCCGGCAGGAAGGCCCCGCCCCCCCCCGCCGUCCUGACCGCCCAGGGGCCCGAGCUGGAGGAGCUGGGGGCCCGCUUCAGCCGGCUGGUCCACUUCAACCGGUCGGUGUUCGGCCCCCGCUACGCCCCCGUCCUCAGGGGGCUGCUGUUCCCCCCUGGGGGGGAGGAGGGGGAGGGCGGGGAGGUGGGGCGCUAGACCGGGAGGGGGGAGA